AUGCGCAUUGGCAAACUCGUGUUUCUCGACAGCUUGAACUACUUUCACAUGCCUCUGAGUGCACUGCCUAAAUCUUUCGGUCUAAAAACUGCUCUCGCCAAAGGAUCUUUUCCGCAUCUGUUCAAUAGGCCCGAGAAUCAAAAUUAUAUUGGGCCGAUGCCGCCUGCGGCCGAUUACUCUCCCGACACUAUGCGCCCGGAGGAACGCGAGCGUUUUUUUGCAUGGUAUAACGAGUUAAAGAAUGCCUCUUAUGUAUUUAACUUUUCAAACGAGCUCAUAACCUAUUGUAAAAACGACGUUACGAUAUUGAGACAGGCCUGUGUGGUUUUCCGGAAAAUGUUCAAGGACAGCGGACGCGUUUGCCCGUUUAGCGAAAACACAACAAUCGCGUCCGCCUGCUUUCAAAUCUUUCGAAAAAAUUUUUUAAAACCUAACACGAUCGGUAUUAUACCUACGGGCGGUUACAGAUGGGCUCACAAUCAGUCAAAAAAAGCGGUCUCUUGGCUCGUGUGGAUGGAGCAUUCUUUAAAUCGUCGUAUCAUUCACGCAGGACGCUCGCGCGAGUUUAAAUUGCCUCAAAAUUUAUUAGUAGACGGUUACUACGAAACACCUGAUUCAGCCCACGUGUUACAGUUUCACGGUUGCUAUUGGCACGGGUGUUUGAGCUGUUUCACUGUAAACAGAGACCGUGUACAAAGCGAUGGUGAUACACUGAACGAGCGUCUCGAGAGAACAAACGCUAUAUCGCAGAGAAUCCGCUCAAGCGGCUACACGUUAACCGAGAUUUGGGAGUGCGCGUAUGACCGGAUGAUAAAAACAGAUUUAGAGAUGAGCGCUUUUGUGAGUGAUCACCCUCUGGUUCGAGCGGAGCCUCUCAAUCCGCGCGAUGCUUUUUUCGGUGGUCGCACGGAAAACAUGGUCACUCUGUACGACGUGAAAGACGGGGAGCAGAUACGAUAUGUUGACGUUUGCUCUUUGUACCCAUACAUCUGCAAGUACGGCAAAUAUCCGGUGGGUCAUCCAACGGUAUACGUCGGCGACGAGUGCAGGGCGCUGACAGGUCCCGAAAAUAAUAUCAGUCUUUCCCGCGUCGUGGGCCUUGUUAAAUGCACAGUGCUUCCACCGCAAAAUCUUUAUCAUCCGGUGCUGCCGGUGCGAAUGCAUCAGCGCCUGUUAUUCGGGUUAUGUCGUAGCUGCUGCGAAACAAUGAACCAGGACGCGUGUCCUCAUGAAGACCCCGCGGAGCGUGUGUUUAGCGGUACUUGGGUAGUGGAUGAAUUGCGAAAAGCUAUUGCGUGCGGGUAUAAAAUAUUAACCGUGAGCGAGAUUUGGCAGUAUAAGAUAACGCAGUACAACCGCGAUACACAGAAGGGGGGCCUUUUCACCGGGUACAUAAACACUUUUCUUAAAAUCAAACAAGAGGCUAGCGGUUGGCCCGAGGGUUAUGCAGAUGACGAGGCGGCCCAAGAGCGUUAUAUAACUGCUUUUAAGACAGCCGAAGGGGUUCAGCUGGAGCGGGGUGCGGUAGCGAAAAACCCGGGGCUGCGCUCGGUAGCCAAACUUUGUCUUAACUCCUUUUGGGGUAAAUUUGGACAACGCGAAAAUUUACCGCAAACAGAAAUAGUAUCGACACGCGAAAAACUUAUGGAGCUGCUAAAUAGCCCCGAGCACGAGAUCACUGGUAUGCUACCUGUUAACAACCAGGUGCUGUAUGUUAAUUAUACGAAAACCAGUGAUGCUGUAAUACCGUCUAAUAUAGCAAAUACUGUCAUAGCUGCAUACACCACAGCCCAAGCCCGUUUAAAACUUUACACCUAUCUCGAACCGCUGGGUAAGCGUGCUCUGUACUGCGACACCGAUUCCGUUAUUUAUGUCACGAGAAAAGAGCCUGGAGAGUAUGAACCGCCAACGGGUCAAUUGCUAGGGGAUUUAACCGACGAGCUAAGCUCUUACGGCGAGGGCAGUUACAUUAAGUCUUUCAUCUCAGGCGGCCCUAAAUUUUAUUCUUUCAUAGUUAAUACGCCGAGCGGCGCGGAAAGCGAGGUUUGCAAGGUUAAAGGCAUAACGCUGAAUUACGCAAACAGCUCGCUGAUAAAUUACGAAUCAAUACGGUCAUUUAUAAUAGGUGAGAGAGAAAAUCCUGUUGUACUACAGUUUGAUUCAAUACGUCGUACGCCGUUCCACCAGGUUGUCACACGACCCGAAAAGAAAUCGUGCAUGCCUCUGAGCGUCAAGCGAAGACGUGAUGGCGAAUACGGCUCGCUCCCUUACGGCUACAAGUAA